GAUUAUUUGUUUACCACUUAGAACACAGGAUGUCAGCGCCAUCUUGUAACGGCGAAUGUGGGGGCGGCUCCCAACAAAGAGCCACUUAACCUAUGAGUUGCCUCCCACACUUGUUCUCCCGUUUGUAAUCUAAAUGGAGUCCAUCUUGUAAAUGGCUAAACUAGUUUCUAAGAAGUAAGUCUCAGAGGGAGUCACUUCUCCCCAAUGGGAAGGAAGUCCAGUUCUCAUUACUCCUGGGGUGUAGAGGGAGCACAUGAGCCUUAGGUAACACCAGGGCUUUCAUCUUCAUAAUCUAAAUAGACAGCGCGCUACUCGAGGGCAAAGGCUUUAGUCAGGCGUCCCCAAGAACAUUUUCUUCCUAGAGAGCAGAAUGUUUACCCUAUCUCUGGUUCACUUCCUAAGAAAAGAAUGAAGAAGAAGAAAAUGUGCAUAAGACAAUGCCCCAGGUCAGGACCCGAGUUCAGAUCCCCAGCACCCAUGGAAAACCUGGACGUAGCCAAAUAUUCCUGUAACCCCCGUGCUAAGGGAGAGUGCAGAAACGGGUUCUCACCAACAGCUAGCUCUAAGUCCAGUCAGAGACUGUCCCCUGAAACCAGGUAAUCACCUGCAGGAUACUGCAUAUCCCGCACAGCAUAUGUACUUCAUCACCAAGCACAUGGGUGCAUGCGUAUGCAUACAGCAGGGCACACAACAGCUGAAGCCAUAACAGCAACAACAAAGACACACCCUGGUUGAGUUAAUGACCUGUAGGUGUGUGUCCUUGUGUCUCCGGUGGCACUCUGCCAUUAGCUCACAGUAGUAGUUCCCUCAUCCCUGCAUCUCAUCAGUGCAGCCUGAGAGUGUAAGCCGUGGAGUCUGUCACUGUUUACAUAGGUGUCCAUUCUAAGUAAGCAGCUGCACUGGGCAGAGUGUACCCAGAGUGAGGACUUGUUAGAUUCUGCUUGUACUUUGUCCCUAUUCUAUUAUUGAUCCGAAAUUCCCAUUUUCUUCCCUCUGGCUAUGAUGUGUGGUUGGAUAAUAUCAUUUUCAGAAUCAAAGAAAUCGUUUUUGAAAAAUUUAAGGAAUGUUUUUUAAAUUGUCUUUAAAUUUGUGUGUAUACUUUUCAGAUGAGUUUAUAUUGAGUAGUGCUAUGCCAUAUACUGUAGUAAGCACAGAAAAAAAUAUAUAGGCAGACAUUCAUUCUGGCUUUCUAAACAUUAAAUACCUAAUUUUAGCCAAGGAAUGGAGAAGGGGUUAGUUCUAAGAUGCUGUAUUUGCAGUAUAUUCAUAGAAAAUAGAGGUAUUUCCUGUGUGGCCGGUGGGUUUCAUUUGCACUGCAAGCGAUACACACAAAGUCAGAACUAUCUUCCCACAAACAACUGGAUUUCUAGGAACUCAUUUGAGCUGAGGUGCAAGCUGCCUUGUAGAAAACUCAGAGUGGCCGUGACCACUGUCUUAGGGUUACUGUCACUGUGAUAGAACAUCAGAAACAAACGCAGACUGGGAGGAAAGGGUUUAUUUGGCUUAUACUUCCAGGAAACAGUCCAUCACUGAAGGAAGUCAGGGCAGGAACUCAAACAGGACAGGAACCUGGAGACAGUAGUGAUGCAGAGGCCAUGGAAGGGUGUUACUUACUGGUUUGCUCCUCGUGGCUUGCUCAGAAUGCUUUCUUAUAGAACCCAGAGCCACCAGCCCAGGGAUGGCACCACUGUAGGUGGGCUAGGCCUGCCCACAUCAUCACUAAUUAAGAAAAUCCCUGCAGGCCUGCGUAGCACCAUGUUACAGAGGCAUUUUCUCUGUUUCACCAGUGACUCUGGCUUGUAUCAAGUUGACAUAAAACCAGCUAGUACAAUAGCAUCUCUGGAAGGCUUACCAGAGUUUUAGAUCUUUGGCCUUCCUCUUCAGACUGCAGGGACUCUAGUUCUCACUAGUUUCCAGGAUAGGCAGAGCUUGUCCCAGGAAGAAUUCCCUGUAGAGGUGAACCUUACGUGUGACCUGUCCUCGGUCUGUGGAGGCCUGCAUGAUUCAAGGUAGCUAGUCAGCUCCAAAUGUUUGCUGGUGGUCACAGCCCAGGUGUUGAGUGGUCAGGAGGCCCAAGACAGUCUAAUAUUUAAACACUUCCUCUCGGUUCUCCAGGGAGCUCAUCCAAGUCCAGAAACAAGAGCCAACAACAGGCAGCUUAGUCAUGGACAUACUUUAACUCAGAUCUUUUUUUAUUGUUAGCCCAUUGCAGACUUUCGUAUUCUGUUUGUUUGUUUGUUUGUUUGUUUGUUUGUUUGUUUUUCAAGACAGGGUUUUUUUUUGUGUAUAGUCCUAGUUGUCCUGGAAUUAGCUUUGUAAACCAGACAGAGAUCCACUUGCCUCUGCCUCCUGAGCACUGGGAUUAAAGGUGAGCUACCCCUGCCUGGCUCAACUUUUAUACUCUUGAAAUUGUGAAAAUCACUUCCUGGUUUACUAAAUCCUAGAUGAUGUGGCAACAUUGGAUCCACUUUCUCAAGUGUCUGACUGGAGAGGAAGACUGGGUAGGAAGCAGAGGGAGGGGCCUCCAGUCACUGUCCUCACCACACCUGCUGCUUUACACUUAGUUUAUUUCACUCUUUAAGUUUGAAAUAUUUUGCUUCAAUUUUCCUGCUCUGAUCAUUAUAUCCUAGCGUUUUCUGUUGUGGUUUCUUUAAUCUUUGAGACUGGGAUGUCCACAGGACAAGCCGCUGUCAGAAGACUUAUCAGUUCCUUUAUGUACUAUAUAUAGUGUUGGCACCACCCACUCCAAUCUGUUUAUGGAGAUAUUAAAGGGAGACUUUUUAAAUAUACAUUAAUUUCAUGUAGUACACUGGGUCUCAAUCUGUGGACCACAGCCUUUUUGGGAGUUUAACAGCCCUUUCGCAGGGACCACCUAAGACCAUUGGAAAACACAGGUAUGUGCAUUACGAUUCAUAACAGUAGCAACAUAAUGGCAUGAAAUAACAAUGAAAAUAACAUUAUGAUUGGGGGUCACCACAACAUGAGGAACUGUGUUAAAGGGUCACAGCCUUAGGAAGGCUGAGAAACACUGAGGUAGGACAAACAGCUGAUAAAAUUAAUUCUUUGCAAUCUGUCUCUUUGGUCAUGAAUUCUGCAUCUAUCUUUGUUGGAUUUGAUAUUGGACUUUAAUAAAAAUCUUUCCUUUUCUACUGUUUUUCCUUUUAUCUUCUGAAUAUAUUUGUUCUCUUCUAGGUGGUGGUGGCAGGCACCAUAAUAAUUCAGAAUAUUGGAGGUCUUGGUAUCUUGAUGGACAGAUGUUGCUGAUCAUCAUCUGUGUAGGCAUCGUGUUUCCUCUCUCACUGCUUCCCAAGAUAGGCUUUCUUGGCUACACAAGCAGUCUAUCAUUUUUCUUUAUGGUGUUCUUUGCUCUUGUGGUAGUAAUUAAAAAAUGGGCCGUUCCUUGUCCUGUGACCUUAGAUUGCAUCAAUGAAGUCUUUCAGAUUUCAAACGCAACAGAUGACUGUAAACCAAAGCUCUUUCAUUUCUCCAAAGAGAGCGUUUACGCCAUACCAACCAUGGCUUUUUCCUUUCUCUGCCAUACCUCAGUAUUGCCCAUAUACUGUGAGCUUCAAAGCCCUUCAAAGAAAAGGAUGCAGAAUGUGACCAACACAGCGAUUGCGUUGAGCUUUCUGGUUUACUUUGUGUCUGCACUCUUUGGCUACCUCACUUUUUAUGACAAAGUGGAGUCAGAAUUGCUACAAGGUUAUAGUAAAUACUUGCCACAUGAUGUUAUUGUCAUGGCUGUGAAGUUGUGCAUACUAUUCGCCGUGCUUCUGACAGCCCCUCUAAUCCACUUCCCUGCCAGGAAAGCUUUAAUGAUGAUCCUGUUCUCCAAUUACCCGUUCUCCUGGAUCCGACAUUCCCUGACCACAGCAGCGCUCAACGCCAUCAUCGUGGUGCUCGCCAUCUAUGUCCCGGACAUUAGAAAUGUAUUUGGUGUGGUUGGCGCCAGCACAUCGACAUGCUUGAUUUUUGUGUUCCCAGGGUUAUUUUAUCUUAAACUCAGCCGAGAGGACUUCCUCUCCUGGAAAAAGCUUGGGGCUUUGUUCCUGCUCCUCACAGGCGCUGUGGUCGGAAGCUUCAGUUUAGUGCUCAUCAUUUUUGACUGGGUCAACAAAUGAAAAAGUUUUUAUUAUGAAGACUAACUUACCUCUCUAUAAACAAGAAGGGAUCAUUGUGGAAGGUGCCAUAUAUGAAAAUUACACUCAGGAAAACUGUUAAUAGGGAAGCCGGACAGAGCAGCAAUAGGAAUUUAGCCAUUUUAAUUUUAACCAAAAUUAGAAAUACUCAAAAUACUUGAAAUGUUCUUAAAUGUGCAGAGUCACUCUUUUGUUUGGAAGUUUCAUUUUCUGUGUUUUGUUCUGUGUCUGAAGCAGGACCUAGCUGUGUAGACCAAGCUGGCCUUGAACUCACAGCAGUCUGCUAUUGGGAUUUGGUUCUAAGACAAAGGUCUUAAUUUGGUUCCCAAAGCCUGGCUUCCAGGCCUGAGGGUCCCUGUCCUCAGCUGGCUUCAAUUGAUAAUUUACAAAAAAAAAAAAAAUUGCCAAUGGCUGGACAGAAAAAUGGAGGUGGGACUUUUAGAUUGUACGGGCAAGGGACAGAGAGGGGGAGAGAAGAAUCGCCAUGAUUGAGGGGGAAAGGGAUCAGAUUUAAGAGCUGCAGGAGAAAGUUAUCCAGCAAUGUAGGUUGAAAGGGAAAGCAGCCCUGGGGGUUGGGGGUGGGGUGGGUGGGGCUGCUGCCCAAUAAGUAACUGGGCAGCACUCGGGAGGCAGAGGCAGGCGGAUUUCUGAGUUCGAGGCCAGCCUGGUCUACAAAGUGAGUUCCAGGACAGCCAGGGCUAUACAGAGAAACCCUGUCUCGAAAAACAAAAACAAACAAACAAACAAAACACACACACACACACACACACACACACACACACACACACACACACACACACAAAAUAAAACAAAAAACCCAUAGAUUUAGAAGGUGUUAAGCCAGGAAUACCAGAGGGAAAUGUAUGCUAGCCUCGGAGAGGACUAGAAGUGCCCAGCCAUUGAGCUAGUUAAGGCAUGUCAGAAUCAGCUGGAAUGUAGACUCAUUUGAGAAUCCAGAUAGCUCCUGGGCAGGCGCAGCUUGAGUGGGACUUGCCAGGAGCCAAAGCGGGUUAACCAAUCACCGCUACAGACUGCCUGCUGCUGCUCCUGCCAAGUGCUGGGGUUAGGAACUCUGCCACCAUCCUGGCACAUGCCUGGCAUCUGUGACUUAAAAAAAAAAGUAGCCUUUAUUUUUUUUAGAGUAGUUGUGCAUUUCCAUACGUAUUGAGCAAAUGAACUGAAAGAUUCUAUGUGACUUCUUACUCCAACUCUGUAGCUUUCCUGCUAUGAAUGAAUGCCUUGUGUCAGUGUAGCACGUGUUACACCCAGGGAUGCUAAAGUCCAAGGUUGACAUUAAAGUUUCUCUUGGCCACCACUGAUUUUCCUACCAGAAUGUCAUGAUUGGGAUCAUGUAGGACUGAGUGUCAUGUCCAGUCCUGAGUGAUGCCCCAUUAUAUGGCUGUAUCAUGUUUGUUGAUCCACUCACCUCAUGGAAGACCUUUCUACUACUUCCAGGUUUUGCCAGCCAUCAAUAAAAGCACUAAAAAUGCU